GGCAAGUCGCAGGUAACCCUCAUGAUCGCAUGGCUUCGCAUCGCUGUCCGCUGCCAGUCCUGCACCAGCCGCGGGAGGAACUGUAUCUCACCACCGUCGCUCCUCUCAAGACCGCGCGAUAGAAGACAGAAGACUUCACCAACACGCUAACAUUUUUCCCACAACAUUUAUUCCUCUCCCUUCCUCCCCUCUUCCCAUCCCUUUUCACCUUGCCCCCAAAAUCGAAAAAAUAACCAAAGAAUGAAAGGCAGGAGCGCGGUCCUAACCAUCGGCCUCGUACUAGCACUGGCGACGUCUGCCGAAGGAGGAAGCGGCCUCGGCGAUGUCCACACUUCAGCAGCCACCGUCGCGAGGCUCGUCGAGGCUGAGGAGGAGGUCAUCCGCGCCCUCCAGGACUACAUAGACAAGGAGGAGAACAGACUGGCGGCUAUUCGCGGAUAUAUCAACGACUGGCACAGAGGCAGCGAGGCCGACUACGUGCACAAUCCUAUCAACAGCUACCAUUUCCUGCGGCGCGUGACUCAAGAAUUCCCAGCUUUAAGAAACGCUCUUAGGGAUACAGCAACGAGAGCCUUGCGAGCUAACCUGACCUCCCUGCGGAACGGCGUCGACGUCCCUGAGGAAGCCGACCUGAAUGGGGCCGCAUGGGCGCUGGUUCGCCUGCAGGACACCUAUAACCUGUCUGUGAAUGACCUCGUGGAAGGCGAGAUCCUGGGCACGAAGGCCGUCAAGGAGCUCUCAGUGGACGACUGCUUCCGCCUGGGACAACAGAGCUUCAACAACCUGGAAUUCAAACUGAGCAAAGAGUGGUACGAAAAAGGCAUAGAGAUGCUCAGGGCUUCGCGGCCCGUCGAUAGGCACACACAGAAGAGGAUUGAUAAGAUCACGAAGCAGCAGAAACAUCGGGCUAUGUUGGCAGACAUCGUGACCAACAUGGCCCAGAAUUCCAACGACAGAAUCCUAGACCAGUUCUCGGGCCUGGGAAUCCCGACGUCGUUCCAGAAGAAGAUCUACGCCGAGCACAAGGACUACGAGCAAGUUAAUAGGCUGGAUAUCCUGUACCGACGCCUGUGCCGCGGGGAACAGAUCCAGCCUCCUGAAGCCUACAUCGGCAUGAAAUGCGGCUACGUGCACGGCAACUCGGGCUACCACAAACUCAUGCCCUUCAAAGCCGAGCUGAAGUGGGCGGACCCCAUUGUCGUCGUUUAUCAUGACGUCAUGACUGAUGCGGAGACCGAGCUCAUGAAGCACAUCUCCCUGCCACGCCUCGAGACCACGCAGGUGCACUCUUUCACGACCCACGAGGCCAAGAAGUCCAUCGCCAGGAUUGGCAAGACGGCGUGGGUCCGGCGCGGAGACAACAUCAACGUGGACAAGAUUUUUGAGCGGAUCGAAGACAUGACCGGACUCACCACCGAGACGGCAGAGGAUCUCCACGUCCUGAACUACGGUAUCGGGGGUCAUUACGACGCCCACGUGGAUUUCUUCGAUUUGCAGAGCAAAUCCUUGGACAAAGAUCCACAUAAAGGAGACAGACUUGCCACUAUGCUUUUCUACCUGAACGACGUGGAGGCGGGCGGGUCGACGGUCUUCCCUACGUUGGGCGUCGAGGUUCCUGCCCGUAAAGGAUCAGCACUAUUCUGGUUCAAUAUCAAACGGAACGGAGAGGGAGACUACCGCACCGUACACGCCUCCUGCCCGGUACUCUUGGGAGAAAAGUGGAUCGCCAACCUGUGGCUCCACGAAUGGGGUCAGGAAUUCAGAUGGCCUUGCACCAAGAACCCAGAGGACUGAGGUUACUAGUUGACCUUUCAGGUCUUCAGCACCUUAAUAUAAAGAACUGGCACUGCAGAUUUAAAACUGCACAGACUUCGAAACGGAUGGAGUGGUAAUCUUGGGGAGGUCACAAGAGAAAGGUAUAGGUUUUAUUUCUUUAAAAGAAACAAGGGGUCUAGUUUCGGCCGAGUAACAAAAAUAAAAUUGUACAAAAUGUUUGCUUCAAAAUAGUGGAAAAAAA